AUGGCGACACCCUCUAAGAACGUGCAGUGGUCCGCUGAAGAAACUCAGCGUUUGUUAUGUAUCUGGUGUUCUCCUGAGUUUCAGGAGAAACUGGAAAGCAGCACCAGAAAGGAAAGACUCUAUUCCGAACUGGUGGAGUAUUUAGCCAAGGCAGGAUAUUUUCGCUCAAAGGAGCAAGUAAUAAAUAAGCUGAAGAAGCUCAAGAAAGAGUACAGAGACUCAAAAAAGGUGUUAUCACGCAAUGGACCUGCUAGGAAUAACUGGUCAGCAUAUUAUAAUAUCCUGGAUGGCGUGCUGGGUAAAAGACCAGCAAUCGAGAUGACUGGGGCUCUAAAUUCAGCCACCGCAACACUGGAACCGAGCAACCCUGCAUCUCCGUCCACUUCAGCUAUUAAUGACGAUCUUUCGGACAUCAGUGAACAUAGCAGCAGCACAACUACUGAGGUGUCUGAGACUGGACCAGAAAGCAUUGUUGUUGUUAAGCAGGAGGAAAUCCCUGAAGUUCAUGAGCAACACAUGAAAAGAGGAAAAAAAAAGAGAAGACAGGACAUAGAAGACAUCCUAGACUACAUGGAGAGAGCUGAUGCCAGGGCUGAGGAGAGAGAGGAGAGGAUGCUGUUACACAUGCAGCAGUCUACCGCUAAUCUGCUGGGGCUGGUGGAGAGGAUGGUCACUGCCAUAGAAGGAGUCGUCAAUACCUCACAGACUCAAGAACAAUAAUUAUUAAUUUUAUAUUUUGCUUUCAUAAUAACUGCAUUUUAGCAGUUCAUUUCUGUUUUGUUUAUAACAUUAUACUUGUAUAUAGUUACUGUGACUUAAUAAGUUAAAGUUCUUAGUAUUUUUAAAAGUAUGUUUAU